UUUAUAGGUACGAAGAAAACGUUAAUAAAUAUUAGAAUUGAAUGAAAAAUAUCAAAGGAAAUAAUUAAUUACAAAUAAAAUACAAAUACGAUCAAACCUGGAAGAGAAAAGCUAUAUCUUUUUGCAUUCACAAACAAAGCAAUAAGUAAGUGUAAAUCAAUUAUAAAUCACACCAACAAACAUUUCCAGAUUUGAGCUGUUAAAAAUGAUGAACCAAACCAACUUAUACUUCUACUUUACCCCAACUAAACUAGAAAGCAAGGAAGUUACACUUCCUGCUCAAUGCUCCUCCAUUCCUCCUUCCACAACCACUUUAGAAAAUUAAAAUUUGUAACAAAAAAUUAACAAAUUGGAGGAAGAACCUUCAACUUGUAACGAAGAAAGUUAAAUGACUCAACGCCUCUUAUCUUUCAAGAAGAGUCACAGUUCAAUCCCAAUUGACUCAAAGUAUAAUAAAACACUCUUUGAGGAUUAAGAUGAUGGCGUAAAUGAAUCAUUUUUUAAUGAGAUGCCAUCAGAAAUGACUCUUGAAAAGCCUUACAAUAAAUUAAACCACUUAAAAGGUAAUAAAGAAGAAGAUGAAGAAGAAGAUAUUUAAAAUAUUAAAACUUUAAAACUCAUUAAGGGUAUCAGUAAAAAUAAGCAAUUAAAGAAAGGAAGUAGCUAAUGUAGCAUUAAAAUAAAUAAAUUUGAUUCAGUCAAAUCCUUACUCGUUGAUGAUAAAAAAUCAACAACUCUUUCUGAGAAUGUUUCCAAACUCAUUUCAUAAAUCCAAAGCAAUAAGGAUGAAACUAAAAAAGCACUUAGUCCAGCCCGUAACAAUAAAUUAAACGCCAUUCUUAACCGUGGAUCUCUCAAAGAUCGUUACAGAAGUCUACUAGGAUCAAAAGCAGUAGAAUUAAAAAAUGCAUAAAAUUAGGAAUUAUUAACUUUGAUGAGCAAAAUUGAUGAAAUAAUGAUGAGAAAAAACUGUGCUUACUUAAGCGAAUUAAUUUCUUAAAUCAACGGUUUAACAAUUUUGAAAAUGUAAUCCAUAAUGAACGUUUAACCAAACCUCUACCAACUAAGUUUGAAAUUAAAUAAAUAUAAAUAACAAGAUAUGUUUGUUGAAUUGUCAUUUUUAGAAAAUAUUGGUUCUUAUCAGUCAUGGAAAGAAUCCCGUUUAGCUGAUUUCAAGCAACGCCUCUACUAUUCUGAAAAACAAGCUUAAAAUGCUAGUAGUGAGUAACCUGCUUACAUUUCUUAAAAGCUCACAGAAACAAUUAAGGAGGGUUUAUAAUAAAAGUAGAAUUAAUUAAAAGACGAAUUCACUCUCCUUUUGGCAUAAUAAAACUAAGAACAAAUGAUUUCAUCAGUUCCUCUCUCAGCCAUCGCUACCUGUGUAAGAGAGUACUUUGAAAGCAGAAACGUUAGCAACAUCUUUAAAAUGAAUAUUAUUGACUACAUAUCCAAAAACACAAAUACUAAUUUUAUAAUAGCAGAAACCAAGCUUAACGAUCUGAUUAAUUCUUAUCCUAAUUGGUUAACUGAAGUUAAGAGUUCUACUCUUGGCUCAAUCAUCAGAAUUAACUAUUAAUUUGAUUUUAAGUUAAUUUCUAAUUGAAAAUCAAUUAAUAACCUAAAUAAAAAGCAAAUAAAAAAUAAUCCAUCCAUAUUUUUCCAUAGAUAAUCCAAAACUAAUUAAAGUAAUUAUCAAACUCAAGGCUA